AUGAAUGAAUCAAAUCGCCAUAUUCUUCUAAUUCUUGACAAUGCCACUUCACAUGCUAUCGGUACACUUUCCUUGACCAAUGUAGAAAUACUUUUCCUGCCAAAAAACACAACUUCAAAAAUCCAGCCCAUGGAUGCCAGGAUUAUCACAUUCUUCAAACUUCAUUAUCACCAUCUACAACUUCAACAUGCAAUAGAUCGCGAUGAAGCUGGAGAAAAUGAUAUUUAUAAAGUUGACCAGUUGCAAGGAAUGAGAUGGGCGAAAAUUGCCUGGAAUGAAAUAACUGCCCAUACAAAAAUUAUAUCACCACGUGAUGAAUUCGGAAUGCCUAUCAUCUCUGAAAGUGGAAAUGGAAGUAUGGAAGAAAAUUUAGUAGAAGAAAAUGUUGAUGAAGAAAACUUAAAUGAAAAGUUAAUUGAUGAUAUUCAGCGCCAAAUGGUUGCACUACAUGUUUGUACUCCAAUGUCUGUCAAAAAUUGGCUAAAUCUUGAAGGUGAAGAGGAUGUGCAUCAACAAUUUACAGACGAAGACUUUGUCCAAGGUGCAAUUGAAGUAGAACAAGGGGAAGAGGAAGAAGUUGUAGAACCAUCUCUGUCCCCAAAAGAAAAAUUAGCCAUCUUGCAUGAAGCCCUGAAAAUUGUAGUUGAAAUGGUUGAUGAUAAUGGAAUAACAAUGAAAUCUUUGCGCAAGAUACAAACCCGCAUUCGUGAGGAAGUUCAAAGGAAAAAGAAUGAAAAGCAGGUCCAAUGUAAACUUGAUCAAUUCUUUUUCAAG